AUGGAAGUGCCACUGGCUAAUGGCUAUAAAAGCAAAGGAAGUGAGAAGAGAUUCUUAUUGGAUUUGAAGAUGAGUUCAAGAAUUGAAGCCUUAAGCUUUAUGCUCGUGGUCUUUUUUUUCUUCCAAAGGUGUUAUGUUUCUGCAUUCACUAAUGGUUUGGAUGCUUCUGCUUUAAGAGCCCUAAAGAAUGAAUGGACCAGGUCUCCUAAAAGUUGGGAAGGCUCUGAUCCUUGUGGAACCAAUUGGGUUGGAAUUACAUGUACUAAUAAUCGCGUCGUGUCAAUAUCACUAGUUAACCAUAAUUUGGAAGGAACGCUUUCUGAGUAUAUUUCAGCCUUGUCUGAAUUGGAGAUCUUAGAUUUGUCAUUCAAUACUGGAUUGACUGGACCACUUCCACCAAACAUUGGUAACCUUAAGAAGUUAAAGAACUUGAUCCUUGUGGGAUGUGGUUUUAGUGGUCAAAUCCCUGAGUCCGUAGGAUCUUUAGAACAACUUAUUAAGCUCGCCCUUAAUUCAAAUAAAUUUAAUGGAACAAUUCCAGCAUCCGUUGGACGGUUGUCGAAACUAGAUUGGUUCGAUAUAGAUGACAAUCGGAUAGAAGGAGAGCUUCCAAUAUCUAAUGGGACUUCUUCACCUGGACUUGACAUGCUUCUUCAAACUCAACACUUCCAUUUUGGAAAAAAUAAGCUUUCAGGCGAUAUCCCGGAAAAGCUCUUCAGCUCAAACAUGAAAUUGAUACAUGUGCUAUUCAAUGAUAACCAAUUCACAGGAAAAAUCCCAAAAAGCCUCGGCCUCGUUACAACGAUGUUAGUGAUACGCCUUGAUACGAAUAGACUAAGUGGAGAUAUUCCUCCAAGUCUUAAUAAUCUCACAAGGCUUGACCAACUGCACUUGGCCAACAACAAAUUUACAGGUAGUCUUCCAAAUUUAGCCAGUUUGACCGUUCUCGAUGCAUUAGAUGUGAGCAAUAACACUUUGGAAUUCUCACUCGUUCCAUCAUGGAUCUCUUCAUUACGCAACCUUUCAACAUUAAAGAUGGAAGGGAUCCAACUCAUUGGUUCAAUACCAAUCUCACUCUUCAGUCUUAUUCGAUUGCAAUAUGUUAACCUUAAGCGUAAUCGGAUAAACGGAACCUUGGAAUUUGGUACCAACUAUAGCAAACAACUGAAGUUUGUUGAUUUACGAUACAAUAACAUAACUGGUUAUAAACAAGCAGCUAAUGAACGCAUCCAAGUAAUAUUGGCAAAUAAUCCAGUGUGCGGGGAGGUAGGGAACAUGCCGAGUUUCUGCUCAGCAAUCCAACACCAAUCCUCAUUUUCUAUCAUCCCAAUCUAUAAUGUGGACUCUGUGGCCAUCUGAAAUAUAAGAGAAAAUGCAACUUGAUGAUGGAGCACAAGCUCAAAUGUAUAUAUGAUCCUUUUGUUGGAGUUUGAAUAAGUCUUUGUUUGAAUUAGUAUUUGAUCUUUGAAUAAUCUCAUGGAUCGUAGUAGUCAAGUUGUUGCUCUAUAUGUUCAGUUCUGUUUCCGUAUUUUCUAGUCAACAAGAUGUAGAAGACUAUGUCUUCAGAUGUUGGCUAUUUAAGCCUUGUUUCAUAUGCAUAAUAAAACUAUCGAAGUACUUUCACUUC